UGUCGACGCCAGGCCUAUUUCGUUUCGAUCCGCCUUUUCGCAUUGAACGGGUACGUGUAAGGGGAUUUCUUGGUAGGAGAUCACAGAUUCAGUGUAAUCAUGAGCCGAUUUUUUGCCACCGGAUCGGACUCCGAGUCUGACAGCUCGUCUGAGGAGGAACAGAUCCAGAGGCCCACAGGGGCAGUUUAUACGUUCAGUGAUGAUGAGGAAGAAACGAAGCGUGUUGUGCGCUCGACGAAAGAGAAGCGGUAUGAGGAAAUCACAAACCUGAUUAAACUGAUUAGGAAUUACAAAAAAAUUAAGGAUAUGAGCAGCAUGCUUACAAGUUUCGAACAGUUGACACGAGCUUAUGCAAAAGCACUGCCGGUUAUUGCUAAGGAGGAAAAUGGUCAGACACCACAUUUUUACUUACGAUGUUUGGUCGAACUGGAGAAUUUUAUUACUGAUGUUUGGGAAGAUCGUAAGAAUAUGUCUAAAAAUAAUUCCAAAUCACUCACCUCUCUACGCCAGAAGAUACGAAAAUAUAUCAAAGACUUUGAGGAGGAUAUUACUAAGUUUAAAGAGAAUCCUGAUCAAGAAGACGAAGACGAGGAAGAAAAAGCUGAAGAGGCUGAGGAGUCGGAUGGAGAAGAAGAUCGUGCCAAUGCGUUCAAGAAAGCUAAUUCAGCAGAAGCAAGUGCUCCUGAUGUUUCAAAAUUCAAGAAAGGUCCAGCGAUCGACGGUGAGGAAGCCAGCGACAGUGAUGAAGACUGGGGAAGCGAUUCUGAUAGCGACAGCACAUCUAGCGAUGAUGAUGGCCAGUACACAAAUAUUCGCGAGAGGUUUAUAAAGAAAACAACAGACAAAGAUGACGACGAAGAUAAGGCAAAGAAGAAAGAACAGCGCAAAGAGCGUAAAGAUAAAGAAAGAAAGAAGAGACGUGAUGAGGACGAUGGCGAAGGUGAAUGGGAGACUGUUAAAGGAGGAGUGGCGAUACCAUCGGAAAAACCUAAAAUGUUUGCCAAGGAUGCUGAGAUAAAUGUACAGGCUGUUUUGAAGAAACUAACUGAGGUGAUAGCUGCACGUGGUAAAAAGCGAACAGACAGACGAGAGCAGAUUGAACUACUUCAUGAGCUGCAGUCCAUUGCUGAAACUCAUAAUCUUGGACCAGCCGUCACCGUCAAGAUAAAGUUCUCCAUAAUCUCUUCAAUAUUUGAUUAUAACCCAAAAGUUUCCGACGCGAUGAAACCCGAAUACUGGUCGAAACUCCUUGAGCGUAUAUCAGAGAUGUUAGACAUGCUUCUGAGCACUCCCGAUAUGGUAAUCGCAGAAACAGUCUCCGAAGACUCCGAGGAAUACGAAACACCGCCAUACAAACUGCACGGUUGUGUGCUGACUCUGGUUGAGAGAUUGGAUGAGGAGUUCACCAAGCUCCUUAAAGAGUGUGAUCCACACAGCAACGAGUACGUCGAGAGACUAAAGGACGAAAAACGCGUAGCUACGAUUAUAGACAAGGUGCAGGAGUACCUUGAAAGGCAGAGCGUAGUGUCAGAAUUGUGCCGGAUUUACCUGCGCAAGAUUGAACAUCUUUACUACAAGUUUGAUCCAACUGUUCUGAAGCAGAAAGAUGGAGAAAUUGCCUCUGAUGUCGUAACGUCGGUCCAAGUUAUGGAAAAACUUUGCAAAUUUGUCUACGCAAAAGAUGGUACAGAUCGUCUUCGGACCAGAGCUAUUCUCUCGCACAUUUACCAUCAUGCGCUUCACGACAAUUGGUUCCAAGCUCGAGAUCUGAUACUGAUGUCCCAUUUGCAGGAGACUAUUCAGCAUUCAGAUCCAGCUACGCAAAUAUUGUACAACAGAACGAUGGCUCAUCUUGGGCUCUGUGCGUUUAGACAUGCAAACAUCAAAGAUGCUCAUAAUUGUUUGGUUGAUUUGAUGAUGACCGGUAAAGUUAAAGAGCUCCUCGCUCAAGGCUUAUUGCCGCAGCGGCAACACGAACGAAGCAAAGAACAGGAAAAGAUUGAGAAGCAGCGUCAAAUGCCAUUCCACAUGCAUAUCAAUCUCGAAUUGCUGGAAUGCGUUUACCUUGUGUCUGCUAUGCUUAUUGAAAUUCCUUACAUGGCUGCGCACGAAUUUGACGCCAGGCGAAGAAUGAUCUCCAAAACGUUCUACCAGCAAUUGCGAUCUAGUGAAAGACAGUCUUUGGUUGGUCCACCAGAAUCGAUGAGGGAACAUGUUGUUGCUGCUGCAAAAGCAAUGCGGAACGGCAACUGGGCCGCCUGUAACAAUUUUAUCAUUAAUGAGAAAAUGAAUGCCAAGGUUUGGGAUCUCUUCUAUCAAACCGAUAAGGUUCGGGCCAUGUUGACAAGGCUGAUACAGGAGGAAGCUUUGCGAACUUAUUUGUUCACUUACUCGCAUGUUUAUGACUCGAUUUCAAUGCCCACACUGGCAGAGAUGUUCCAGCUGAAACGCCCCGUAGUUCACUCGAUUAUCAGUAAGAUGAUAAUUAAUGAAGAAUUGAUGGCAUCACUUGACGACCCGACAGAGACCGUUGUAAUGCAUCGUAGUGAACCCAGCCGUUUGCAAUCCCUGGCUUUGCAGCUCACCGACAAAGUCAACAAUUUCGUUGAUUCUAAUGACAGGAUAUUCGAAUUGAAACAAGGAAACUUCUUCUCAAGAGGCGGCAACCAAGGGAACUUCCGUGAUCGUCAGAAUUACAAUCGCCAAGGUCAAGAUUGGGGUCGCCAAAGGCGUGAUCGUGAUCGCAAUCGUGAUGACAAUCGCAAUUAUUAAAUUAUUACCCCACUAUACAGAACCACAUAUUUAACAUGCAUACAAUAAUUGCCUCGGUUGGAACUUCGCUGUAUAUUCUUAGUUUCUGAUGUGGUAUAAAAUCAUUAUGA